ACGUGAAGUAACCGAGUUGCUGUAAAAUUGAACCAUCCCUUUUAGGUCUCAUUGGUUUUCUCUCCUAUUUAUAAGUAGUAGAAAUCAGGCAUGACAAAGGAAUCAGAGUAUAAGAAGAUUUAUAUGCUCUGAAAAUGGAGACCGAUGUUUCUAUCCAUCGCAACUACACUAAUAUAUAUUAUCAUUUUGCUUCUCUGUCCUUUUCUGUAUAACUACUUGAAGAGUUCAAUUAUCAGGAUUGCUAGGGUUUUUGUUUCGAGAUUGAUGAUCACAAUGAAUCUGGUCGUGGUUUUGGUGGUGUUUCUGUUUGGGCAAUUUUCUAUGACGAAGGCCAACGUGGUGCUGAUCGGGAACAAUGUCACUCUCUCUUUCGACGACAUUGAAGCUAAUUUUGCUCCAGCGAUUAAGGGUUCUGGGGAAUGUGGAGUAUUGUAUUUGGCAGAGCCUGUGGAUGCAUGCUCGACAUUGACUAACAAAGUUGAAAAAGGCACGAAUUAUAGCUCCCCUUUCGUUUUGCUCAUAAGAGGAGGGUGUAGUUUUGAGGAAAAAGUUAGAAGAGCUCAGAAGGCCGGGUUCAAAGCUGCAAUUGUCUAUGACAAUGAAGAUGGCGGCGUCUUGGUUUCAAUGGCAGGAAAUUCAGCUGGUAUAAAAAUACAUGCUGUGUUCGUUUCAAAAGCUUCUGGUGAGGUACUGAAAAAGUACGCCGGACUUACUAACAUGGAGCUGUGGCUAAUCGCAAGCUUUGAGAACUCAGCGUGGUCAAUCAUGGCAAUCUCUUUCAUUUCCUUGCUUGCCAUGUCUGCAGUGUUGGCUACUUGUUUCUUUGUUCGCAGGCAUCGAAUAAGACGAGAAAGGCCCCAAGCUUCUCGUGUCCGAGAAUUUCAUGGGAUGAGCAGUCGCUUAGUAAAAGCAAUGCCAAGUUUGAUAUUUACAGCUGUUUUAGAGGACAACUGUACUUCAAGAACAUGUGCUAUAUGUCUUGAGGACUAUAGUGUUGGAGAGAAACUCAGAAUUCUGCCAUGUCGUCAUAAAUUUCAUGCUUUCUGUGUGGAUUCUUGGCUUACUUCAUGGAGAACCUUUUGCCCAGUUUGCAAGCGUGAUGCAAGAGCUAACACGAGUGAUCCACCGGCUUCAGAAUCCACACCAUUGCUUUCAUCCAGCCCAUCAUCAUCUGUGGGCUCUUCUGUACUUUCAUCUAUGAGAUCAUCUCUAGCAUCAUCUUCAGCCAUGCAGAUAGUACCAGCAUUGUCGCAGUCUCCAUAUUCUCUUUCUCACUCUCAUGCUAGCUCAACUCACAUUCAGCAGUCUCUUAGGUCCUCCUACCGCCAGUCCCCUUCUAUUAGUGUCAGCAGAAGCUCAGUGGACCUCCGUAAUGCCUCGUCCCAAAGAUCUCAUGCUUCCUAUUUUGUUUCCCCCAAUUCCUUUGGUUACCCAUCUUUGUCACCCCUGAACUCAAGAUACCUGUCUGUUGCACACAUUCCAAGCCCUAGCAAUGCGUCACCAAGCUUCAUCAGCUCGUCCAGUCAUCAACAUCAUCCACUACAUUGUAGUGAGUCAGCUGCAACAUUUUCUCCUUUUGCUUCGGCCCAAUCUCUUCCUGAAUGCUGAUCGAAAUUUACAAAAUAGUCUGAGAGGGAAGUGAAUCCAGAUGCCUUUCAUCACUCUGACCUCACGUUACUUUUUGAAGUAUUGUGAUUGGGGUCGUAUGAUGUGAAUGCUUGUAUGCUAGAAUUUAUACCUGAAUGUGUCUUGUUACCACCUCACAUGUAUAUUAAAUAUUUAUGUUGUCUAUAAGUUUAAUUUGCAAGUUGUGUUUAUGGUUCGUAUUUCUAUAUUGGAUGUUUAUCAAAUUUUCACAAAGUCAAAGAGUGAGUUGUGUUGUGCUGUGUUCGAUAUUGUGAACAUUGCGUUUGAUAUUCGGCAUUGGUGAAUGUUAUUAGGGGGCAUUUGGGAUUGUUUUCAGAAGAAAUAAUCUACUUACUUUAAAAGUGUUGAUAAUGCCAGUGUUUGGUAAAUGAAAUCCCCUUUCUCUCACAUUAGAGUAGUCGUCUUUGUUUGUGGGUAUGGUGUAGCUUUCACUAGUUAGCAGACGCCUCUUCUUCUUCAUCUUCACAUAGUUGCUGCAGAUCUUUAAGCUCAUCAGAGACAAAUUAUUGCUAACGGCGACUACCCACUCAUCAAGUCAUCAGUUAAGCUUUCUAGAGAAUUCAGGAUUUAGUCAUAUUUACCUAGAAGCAUAUACCAAAUGGGAAGGAAUAACAAUGUGGCAAAUGGAUCAAAAGUUGCGGCUCAUGGAAUAAUCAUAGUGUGGCUAUAUUCUGUAACCUGUGUAUCAAGGAGGUGGAGGCAGGAAAUCGUCGCAGCAUUGUUUGAAGGAAGUGGGAUGGAAAAAAUGAAAGGUUAAAUCCACUAUAGAGAGGAAAAUAGUAUGAUAAAACAGAAUGGAAAAACAAAUGGGAUGCUCCCAAAGAGCAACGGAAAUUGUGGAAAGAACUAAUUGAGAAGGAAACUGGCUCUGGGGUGAAAUCCCAAACUUGGUACAAUUGACGCUUCUGAUGAAAGCUAGUGCAAUAAAAUUCAGGUAAAUAAUUGCGUAACAAGGUCAUUAGUCUUAAAUUGGAGGAGCAGCUCGAUAGGAUGUUCAUAAACACGACGACAACUGGUGGACAUGCUUGGGCACCCAGUUCUGGUGUACUUCCAUCUGACAUUCCGGAGGCAUCUAAAGUUGAUGGCUUUCUGCAAGAAAGUAGUGGUGAUCUAGAUGAUCUGAUCGCAAUAGAAUAAAUCUACCAACACUAGUUGCCAUUAACAUGUAUUAUAGAGAAGCUAUUUGGCAGGGUUCCGGGGUACAUACAAUAUAACCUCAACCAAAUUUUUCACUCUUUCCUUCUGCUGUUAUACAUAACCUCAUGCUCCGUUUCUCUUC